AUGGCAUCUUCGAAGAAAUCUAGUGGAAGCAUCCACAAAGUUCGCGAGUUCGAACUCGAUAAAGUGGUCCUGUCUGACGAGUUUGACAUCUUACAAAUUGUCGGUGAAGGAUGGUUUGGGAAAAUACUGCUCGUAGAGCAUCGCGCUACCGACACAGAGAUGGUGCUAAAACUGCUGCCCAAACCAUUCGUCUCACUGACAGAUUUUUACAAGGAAUUUCACUUCAGUCUUAUGCUCGGGCAGCAUAAAAAUAUUGUUACCACUUAUGACGUCGCGUUCGAAACGGCCGGAUUUUACGUAUUCACUCAGGAAUAUGCACCAUUAGGAGACUUAACAUCAAAUGUUUCGGAUAGUGGGAUUGGUGAGCUACACACAAAGCGUGUUGCCAGACAACUUGCGUCAGCGAUCGAUUACAUUCAUCAAAAAGACCUUAUCCACCGCGAUAUUAAACUGGACAAUGUGUUAGUCUUUCGGUCAGACUUUGCACGCAUCAAGUUGUGUGACUUUGGCGAAUCAAGGAAACUCGGCGAGGAGGUGCUGAGGCGUAAUGAAUGGCUACCGUAUAGUCCUCCCGAAGUGUUGCUAGUGAAAACGGAUGAUAAAUACAAGACUGAUACGGCUCACGAUGUGUGGCAGUUUGGCAUAGUAUGCUUUGUAUGUCUUACAGGCUGUUUACCCUGGCAAAAAGCGUCUCUUGAUGAUCCACGAUAUAAUCGUUACCAGCAAUGGCACCAGGCAACUCUUACGUUUCCGAUGAAGCGUUGUCCAAAGCUUUUCAAAUUGCUUUCGGCAAGGGCGUGCAAGCUUUUUAAGAAAUUUCUAGAUCCCCGGUCGGAUCGACGGUUAAAGACGCUGAGCGAUUUACAAAAGUAUCUCGAUGAUCGGUGGCUUGGGAAAACAGCCGAAAAGGAAAUGGCUGAAAAUGAACCAGACGAAUUGUGUCCAUCGAUGUACUCGUUCCACAGCAGCGUCGAGGAAAAAAAUAAACUUCUAGGAACACUGGCUCAAUGCGGCAUCGAGACAACUGUCGAUCGUGCCGCAAAGAAAAACCGCAUACGAGACUGGAUCCAAUCGUCGGUGAUCGUAGAGGAGGAGGAGGAAGAUGACUCGGGUUCGGCUACACCUUCAUCGACCGUUUCACGAACAGCCGUCCCAGGACACGUGUCUUCCGUGGCCGCACUUGAACGAGCAGAGAAAAAGAUCAAUUCGACCGUGAAGGAAGCAUCACAGAAACAUAUCGAUCCACGAACUGGAACAGUGCAGGUCGGGCCAAGUGAGAUGGGAUCAAUUACGGCGCGGGAUAGUAACAAUAACUGGUCUUCACCAAACAUUAACGGACAUUCAAUUACGAUAAACUCUGGCAAACCGAGCCUUCUCGCAGCUACGCACGGUCUUGUGAAGGAGGCAUUUAAUACGGUUGCAUCAGUGACGGUACCAGCGACAGAGACCAAUCGCAACGGUUUGUUUGAUAAAAAGAGUAGCAUACAAGACAGUGGGUACGGUAGUUUGAAAGGGGGACCCAUAAGUGGACCCAAUAGCAGGAAAAUUUCCAAAUCACCAACACUUCCCAAACGAUCCACCUUCAUACGAUCUGAGAACAAUCCCUAUGAAGAACAAGAAUCAGCAGAAGAACGGGAUAGUCAGAGUUUGGAGUUUGACGAACUAGAAACCGAUCGUGGAUCGGAUGGUUUUCUCAGUGCUCUACCCUCCAAACAGGUGCCUGAGAAAACACAAAAAAGCGCUUACGACAGGAUUUUCUUUCGGAGAAAAUAG